CGUGGGACCUCCCGGUUCCGGCGCGGUAGAGGCCCAAGGAGGUGAACCGUCUCCGGCACCAUGUCUGGUUUGUCUGGCCCACCAGCUCAGCGUGGCCCUUCCCCGUUAGCGGUGCUGGUUUUAUUCCUGCUGGGCCCCAGCUCGGUGCUCGCCAUCUCCUUUCAUCUUCCCGUUAACUCCCGCAAGUGCCUCCGCGAGGAGAUCCACAAGGACCUGCUGGUGACGGGCGCGUACGAGAUCACCGACCAGUCUGGGGGCGCUGGCGGCCUGCGUACCCACCUCAAGAUCACAGAUUCUGCUGGCCAUAUUCUGUACUCCAAGGAAGAUGCAACCAAGGGGAAAUUUGCCUUUACCACUGAAGAUUAUGACAUGUUUGAAGUGUGUUUUGAGAGCAAGGGAACAGGGCGGAUACCUGAUCAGCUCGUGAUUCUAGACAUGAAGCACGGAGUGGAGGCGAAAAAUUACGAAGAGAUUGCCAAGGUUGAGAAACUCAAACCUUUAGAGGUGGAGCUCCGACGCCUAGAAGACCUCUCAGAAUCCAUCGUUAAUGACUUUGCCUACAUGAAGAAGCGAGAGGAGGAGAUGCGAGAUACCAAUGAGUCAACAAAUACUCGGGUCCUGUACUUCAGCAUCUUUUCAAUGUUCUGCCUCAUUGGACUAGCCACCUGGCAGGUCUUCUACCUGCGUCGCUUUUUCAAGGCCAAGAAGUUGAUUGAGUAAUAAAGCCCAGUGUCCUCCCACCUGUAUCUCAGCCAGCUGAACAUCCCUGGGACGUGCCUCGCCUAAGGCAUCCUACUGACAGCACCAUCAAGGCACAUUGGAGCUUUCUUGCCAGAACUGAUCUCUUUUGGUGUGGGAGGACAUGGGUUACCACCUACACCCAAUAAGUCAAUGAGGGACUUCUUUUUAACUUCGUAGGAUUUGGACUGGUUUUGCAACAAUAGGACUAUUAUUAGAGUCACCUAUGACAAAAAAUAGGGGUUACCUAGCUAAUGCCAAAGCCAGCAUUUGUACUGGGUUUCCUCAUGUGCUAUGUUUGAACCAUGUUUUCUUUCCUUUUCCUACUUGCUCACCAGCUUGAGCUUCCACUCUGGUUCCUUCACCAAGGUAUGUAUGACCAUGUUGAACUUGUUUCAUUGAUCAUCCUCUUUGGAUUUCUGUGUGAAAACACACUUAACUUUCUCUUGACCCUUAGCUGAAAUGUGUAGGUAGCUUCUGGUGAUACCCUUUCAUAAUUUUAUGUCUCUUAAAAGGGUGAUCGAUGGGACACCUCAUAGAGAGGAGCUUUGAACUGUAGAUAACUCUUAAAGAAGACAUCGUUUUAGAGAAUUAAAAUAUUUGUGCUUAACUGCCUGAA